AUGUAUUCAUCUUCUUUUCGGAUAUUGGUCCUCGUCGUUCUCUUUUAUCAUUCUUUCAUCAACUGCAGAAGUACAUCAAAACGAGAAUUAAAAAUGGAUAAAGCAAAAAAUGAGUUGAAACCUGAUUACAACAAAGUUCAACACGUUCCUCUUCAAGACCUUCGAACUAUAGACAUGAUACCGGAUCUGAAAACAGACGGAUUUACCUACGUUUCCAAAAGGCAUAUUACAGGAAUCGAAAAUAUGGUAGAAAUGUCUAAUGAACACAAAGUGGCCUUGGCAGAGGAUUCUGUUAAACUUGUCUUAGAGUUGACGGGGGCAAAAUCGGCAUACGUUCAUUCAGGUGGUUUCAGAGACCUCACUUCACCAGACUCGGCAAAAUCAAUUCCAGUGAUUCACUCUGAUAUGUCACCAGAAGGGGCCACAUAUAUCAAAGGCAUAGUGCGAGAUAAAUUUUUGAGGUCGAAGGAUUCAGACAAGGUUAAAUUUGGAAGGUAUAUUAAGGAAGGAAAGAAGAUUGCAAUCGUGAAUGUCUGGAGGCCAAUCCAUACCGUUCAAGACAAUCAUCUUGGGAUUUGCCAAUGGGAUUCACUUGUAAAAGAAGAUGCUUGGAAAUCUAAUCUCAUACCAAACGGCGGCACAAGUACAGCUCAGGCAUGGCGGUAUAGAGAAGGUCAACGGUGGUUCUACCUAGACCAGCAGAGAACUGAUGAAGUGUAUGUCUUCAUGCAACAUGAUAGUGCAGCCCCAGAUGGACAUGGAAUCAAUGUUCCACAUGCAUCUUUUGAAUUGCAAAAAGACAAGGAUAAACCAUGGACACGAAUCAGUUUUGAGGCUACAGUCUUCGCAAUGAUGGAUUCGCCCACAGUUUCACCACUUUCCGAAUGGAGUGAUUACAUCGUAUCAAGGAUUAAUCGAUUUAUAUAUUAA